GAAAAAGAAAAGCUCUAUGCAAAACCCUGGCUCCUCCCCAACAACUCUGUCGCUGCUCAACUGAUCUCCAUUUGAGCCUUUUCGAUUGCCGUCUCGCUAGAUUAAUUUUUUGAAUUGUGUAGUAGAAGAAAAGAAAGGUAGUAAGCAUGGCGGCUACUUCAGCUGUAAUCCAACCAUUCAAAGGGAAUUUGAAGAAAGCACUGGCUGGAAUUAGGAGAAUCAAUCUUGAUGGGCUGAGGUGGAGAGUGUUCGAUGCGAAGGGGCAGGUCCUUGGAAGACUGGCUUCUCAAAUAGCUGUUGUGGUUCAAGGCAAGGAUAAGCCGACAUACACUCCUAAUCGUGAUGAUGGGGAUAUGUGUAUUGUUCUUAAUGCUAAAGAUGUUUGUGUUACCGGGAGGAAAUUGACUGAUAAGUUCUACCGCUGGUAUACUGGGUAUGUUGGCCAUCUUAAGGAGAGAAGCUUGAAGGACCAACUAGCUAAGGACCCGACUGAAGUGAUUCGCCAAAUACUUCAUGCAAUGCUUCCUAAUAACAAGUUGCGUGAUGACCGGGACCGAAAACUAAGAAUAUUUGCUGAGAGUGACCAUCCAUUUACAGACCGUCCUCUCGAGCCAUAUGUGAUGCCUCCUCGGACUGUUCGUGAAAUGCGACCACGCGCUCGUCGUGCACUUAUUCGAGCUCAAAAGAAGGAAGAACAGAAGGCAACACCCCCCGAUAAGAAGAAGGCCAAUGGCGAUGAGAUCGUUUGUGUAACCCAUUCCAGUUCUGCAUAGAGAUUGAUGUCGAUCUUCGGGUUGAUUUUGUUAGUCCAAGAGACUCGCGGAUGAUUUUAGCCUUUUCAAAUUCUGUACUUGCUUCCAUAACUGUGUACUUUGUCAACAGAACAAAUCAGUAAAAUGUCGAUAAAACUCAGACAUUUAUGUUUUUUUUGCCGAUAGCAAGGAAUGAUCUUUGUUUUAUGAGAAA